AUGUUUAGUACAAAGGAGGAGGUUAAGAAAUUCAUAAGGAAGUACACAGUCGAAAGCAGACGACAAUUCAGAAUAGUUAAGGAUGAGGCUGAUAGGGUCAGGGUAGCAUGUUUAGGUGGUUUAGGGACUGAGGAGGUGAAACAUGGUGUAAAAGAAGGUGCAAAGACAGUGGCUGGUGAGAAGAAAUUGGCUGCUGAGAAAAAAUUGGCUGGUGAGAAGAAAAAAAGCAAGGGGCCACAACUGAAAAAUGAUAAAAGUCCAGGGAAAAAAAGCAAGGGGCCAGAAUUUGAAAAUAGUAAAGUGGAGAGGACUAUUGAACAAAAACAUAAAGGGGGCAGGGGGCAUAAGAAAAACCCUAGUCAAAACACAUGCCCUUGGGUUGCGUUGAUAUCUCUUGACAAAGAGACUAAAACAUGGUUGGUCAAAACCUUCAACCACCAUCAUAAAUGUCUUCAAAGCCGAGUGAUUAAGGCUUGUACUUCCACCUAUCUUGCUGAGGAGCUUGUAGAGCAGAUUGAACAAAAUCCAAACAUACCUGUCAAAGCAGUCCAAGAACAGUUCCAAAGAAAAUAUCAGCUUGAGAUUUCUAAAAUGCAAGCUUAUAGGGCCAGAUCUAAAGCACAAAAUGUGUUACAUGGAGACUUCACUGCCCAUUUAAAAGCAGGGUUUAAGGCAAUUGGUAGAGAUCUUUUGGGGGUUGAUGGUGCCUUUAUGAAAGGGCCAUUUCCUGGUCAAGUUCUAACAACAGUGGGUGUUGACAAUAACAAUGGCAUAUACCCUGUUGCAUAUGCCAUUGUAGAGGCAGAAAAUAACAACUCCUGGUUAUGGUUCCUGCAAUUGUUGGGACAAGAUUUGGACAUUGGACCAAUGUCCAAUUUUGUGUUCAUGAGUGACAGACAAAAGGGAAUACUUGAAGCUGUGUCUAGGUUAUUUCCAUGUGCUGAACACAGAUUCUGUGUUAGACACAUCCAUGAAAACAUGCAACUUACAUUCAAAGGGAGAGCUUAUAAAGAUAUCUUAUGGAAACUAGCAAGAAGCACAACAGUUGUCUACUUUGAGAAGACAAUGGAAGAACUCAAAAGAAUAAACACAAAGGCACAUCUGUGGUUGUCUAAGAUAGACCCUAAACACUGGUCCAGAUCACAUUUCACAGGAAGGGGAAAAUCAGACGUAUUAUUAAAUAACAUGUGUGAGGUGUUUAACUCUAAGAUUCUAGAUGGUAGAGAUAAACCAAUCAUCACCAUCUUAGAAUACAUCAGAGAAUAUUGCAUGAGGAGAAUAGUUAAUGUGCUUCAAGUAAUUGACAAAACUGAUAGGCCCCUCACACCAUUUGCUACAGAGCUGUUUGAAGAGAUCAAGAAAAGUGCUUCAGGAUGCAGGGUUAGCUGGAAUGGAGGGGAUCAGUAUGGUGUUGCAGGACCAGGUAAGUGGAAAUGUGUGGUAGACAUGGGACAGAAAACCUGCACAUGCAGGACAUGGGAGAUCACUGGAAUUCCAUGUUCACAUGUUGUUGCUACCAUAUGGAAUAUGCAAAGUUAUGGUCAGAAGGUUGGGAUUCCUGAGUCCUGGGUGCAUCCAAUAUACCAUCUAGACACAUGGAAACAAGUUUACAACUUCAAGGUGUUUCCCAUAAAUGGCAUUUCUCUUUGGAACAAAUCAAGGGUUCCCACUACAAUCAUAGAACCGAAAUAUCACAAGCCAGUUGGUAGACCAAAAAAGAAAAGAAAAAGAUCUCUGGUUGAGAAAGAGGAUGUGCAGAAGGCAUGCAAGUUAUCGAAGAAAAACCUUCAAGGAUCAUGUGGUAAGUGUAAAGGUAAAGGCCACAACAGCAGGACCUGUACAGGUGUGCCGCCAGAUCAGCAAAACAAGGGUGUGAAGACAAAGACAAUGAAAAAAGGUUGUGAGGGUAAAAAUGUCCAAAAGAAGCAGGGUAGGGGAAAGAAGAAAGCCUGA